AUGCCACCCACACAACUCCACCUCAUUCGCCAUGCCCAAGGCUACCACAACCUCCGCGAAGACUACAAUCUACCGGACACCCUCCUCACCCCUGAAGGCGAACAACAAAGCAUCGCACUUUCCCACGAGAUACCAGAUAUAUUCUCGAUCAAUUGCAUAUACGCGUCUCCUAUGCGUCGAACCCUUUACACCGCCCUCCUCACAUUCCGGACAGUGCUCCACUUUAAUCCCAACCUCCGCAUCAUCGCACUGCCAGAGUUGCAGGAGACUUCGGAUUUUGCAUGCGAUACAGGUUCUCCACUCGCGCAAUUGCGUAAAGAGUUCGAAGGCAAGCCUGUGGACUUUUCGCACGUGUUUGAGGGCUGGAAUGACAAGAAGUCGGGAAGGUUUAGACCUACGACGGGCCUGACUGAGCAGCGUGCGGGCGAGGCGAGGAGGGUUAUUCGGGAGGAAGCGGAGGGAUUUGUUGCUGUUGUUGCGCAUGGUGGGGUCAACCACUACUUCACGGAAGAUUGGGAGGGUAGUAGUAGUGGCUCUGGAACUGGAUGGAAGAACUGCGAGUUUAGGACUUACAAGUUCGACGAUUCUUCUAGCAGUGCAGUUGAGUGGGCUGCCAUUGUUGAAACUGAGGGAUCAAUCCGUAGAAGAUUUCCCACGGGGGACUAUCGAGAGCUGACUCCAAUCGAGCAGUACAAGUUGCGUGACACGACUGAGAAGUCUUGGGCUGCCGAUGGCUACAUCUCAUUAGGCGAGGCAGACGAGUUCCAGAAUAAAGCUUCAAACAAUCAUAAAGGCGAAUGGGAAAAUGGAAAACUGCAUGAGGAGAGGCCGGCUUGUUUGGUGGCUGGAUGA